CCUUAGUUCCUAAACUGGUAGCCCAAUGGAAGAGAAACCAGGAAUUCUGUUCUGAAACCAUUCAGGCAGUUAUUUGGAAAUGUAGGAGGAUGUUUCCUAAUUAGGAUACUGUAUACUAUUUGGAAGGAUUUCAUCUGUUUGAAUGCUUCUGCAGAUCUGAGUUUGUAGAUGGGAGAAGGUAUACUUAACUACGGAAUUAAGAGGCUUCUAUCAAAAAAAAAUUUUAAUGGGCUGUUUCCCCUCAAAAGAUUAAGGAAAAAGAUUAGUCAGGUGGUACAUUUAAGAGGGACAAAGCUGUAAAUAAAGUACACAAGUCAUAGUUAGAAGUCCUGGAGAUUUUAUAGAAAACAUUUUUGUUCUUGCAACUCUAUCAGGCAUUGGAGACUUGGGGAGUUGGGAAUAGGGAACCCUGGGUCCAUAUGGAGAAAAGUUUCACAAUCCAUAACUAAAAUCACUUGAGUGUUGGAUAUUUGCCAUGCUGGAUAAAGGCAUUCCUAUUAGACUGUGAUUUUCUAUAUCCUGUACCUUCUUUGAGUUUCUAGCACAGUAAGUUUUUUAAUAUGUAUUUCUAUCUCACCAGAUGUUGGUUGUCAAGACAUGACAUAUUGAGCACAGAAAACAUUUUGUCUUAUUAAAUCCAUCAGAAUAUCUAGAAUGGUCCUUUGCCUAAAACAAAGGCUCAGAAAAUUUUUUAGUUAAAUUAGAAUCUAAAAUAAAAAAUUAUUGGACAAACAUUAUUGAUUAGUGCACUCCUGACUACAGAAAUAAAAGAUUGAUAGAGUUUGUGUAAUUUUAAUAGAUCUUUCUCCAAAGGAGAAAUAAAUUUAUUGAGUGGGUCACAAUGGGCCAGAAGUCAGGUAUAAGACUCCAAAAUAUAAGGAAAGUUCAAUCAUGAUCUACUAGUAUUAUCCAUUAUAUACAAUUAUUAUUCUAUUAGUGCUUUUACAGGUAAGGAAACUAAAAGUAGGAGAGUUUCAGACAAUGAAGAGUUGAGCCACAACUUUCCCACUAUGCAUUACUACGUUAAACAACAGCAUUAACAUAAUACUCAUCACUUAUCCCUGAGGGCUUUAUUCCUAGGAAAAGCUGUCAGAGAAAGACUGGCAUGUUUAGUUCUUUCAAAUCUGUUGAGAAAAUGGAAUGGUUUUGAAAAUUUACAGGGUCUUAUAUGAUUGUGACGUUCUAUUAUACUAUUAUGCUUACAGCCAGUUGCACAUAGAUAUAACCAAUUCACAAGAAUAAAAACAACAUGACUAUGGAAAAUUGUUAGCCUUUCUGCCCACUAUACAAACAGUACUCUUCAUAUUUAAACACAUACACACAAAAAAUAUUUUAUUUUAAUUUUUAAAGGUAUACAUUAAAAUGGUAGCAUUUGUUAUCAAAUGUUUUAAAGUAUUUUUUUAUUUUGUUGGAGAAGGAUCACAAAUAUGACUCAGGUCACAUUUAAUAGGCACCUACUGGUAUGAUAGGUUGUAUAUCCAUUUCUGGCUUACAUGAUUUCCUUUAACUAUGUAUCAUUUUGUUUAAAUGUAUAAUCUCUGAAUGACCAGGAACUUUCUCUUAUGGCAAUGACAACUAAAAAUCAACACAAUUCAGAAAUUCCAUUUCAUUCUUCAUAGCCUUCCUACCCCAUCUGCCCACAGAUAGAUACCAAUAUUUUAUAUCAGACUUUUUUUACCAUAAAAGUGUUAUAAAUAUUUUGUUUUCUUUUUGCAGUAGCCCUAACAAGUUAGGCAGCAUACUUCAAAAAGUAUCGGAGAUAAUGGAUAAGUCUAGCCAAGGGGAAGAGGGUCAUACAAGGGGCAGAGAGAUUUAUUACUCUUGGCUUAACACAUAGAAAAACAAAAUUACCAAAUAUGAUAAUAUCUAGGGGUAAUAUCAUCCACUGGACAGGAUUAAAAACUCAGUCCAUUCUAAUAUCACCUCACACCUGUCAAAACAGCUAAAAACAAAAUCACAGGAAACAACAGGCAUUGGCAAGGAUGUGCAGAAAAAGGAACCCUUGUGUACUGUUGCAGGGAAUACAAACUGGUGCAGCCACUGUGGAAAACACUACAGAGGUUCCCUAAAAAAUUAAAAAUAGAACCACCCAAAGACCCAAAAAAUCACAUUACCCAGUAUUUAUCCAAAGAAUGCAAAAACAGUAACUCAGAGGGAUGCAUGCACCCCUAUGUUUAUUUCAGCAUAAUUUUUCUUUUUUUUUUUUAAGAUUUUAUUUAUUUCACAGAGAGAGAAAGAGAUAGAGCACAAGUAGGCAGAGAGGCAGGCAGAGCAACAGGGAGAAGCAGAUUCCACCACUGAGCAGGUAGCCAGAUUCAGAACUCAAUCCCAGGGUUUUGGGAUCAUGACCUGAGCAGAAGGCUGUCUCUUAACCGACUGGACCAUCCAGGCACCUUUGCAGCAUUAUUGACAACAGUCAAAUUAUGGAAGCAGCACAAGUGUCCAUCAUCAACUGAUGAAUGCAUAAAGAAGAGGUGGUAUAUAUACACAAUGGAAUAUUAUUCAGUCAUAAAAAAAGAAUGAAAUCUUGCCAUCCGCAACAACUUGGAUGGAGCUAGAGAGUAUAAUGCCCAGCAAAAUAAGUCAGACAAAGAAAAAGAAAUACCAUAUGAUUUCACUCAUAUGUGGAAUAUAAGAAACAAAACAAAUGAGCAAAGGGGGAAAAAGAGAGACAAAGGGAGAGAAAGAGAGAGACAAUCCAAGAAACAGAUUCUUUCUCUAGAGAACUGAUGGUUACCAGACGGGAGGUGGGUGGGGCAAGGAGAGAAACAGGGGAUGAGGAUUAAAAAGUACGUAUUGUGAUGGGGGGAGGAGCGGGGGUACCCUCAGUCAAUUAAAAACACAUACUUAAGGUCAGAGAAAACAAGAGAGAUGAAUAACACCCCAAAGUAUAGUUAGUGAGAAAAAAGAAUAGGAGCAUUAUACAUUUGCCAGUGAUACUAAUUGCACCCAGUUAAUAAAUAUCAUCAAAGCACAAUAUGAGAAGAUUUUUAAAUCAGGGUAAUUUAUUCAUGGGGCUGGAAGUUGAGAUGGAACUGGAAAGACUCUCCCAGGGAAGGAAUGGCAGGUGAACCAAGUUGCUUAAAAAACAAAAAGGUGUUGAAAAGGAAAUGUGAGUUGUUAUUAGUGCUAAUUACUGCAAGCAGGAAGUAUUAUGAAAAAAAGACUACAAAUUUCUCACUUGAGCCUCAGGUCAUGGGGAGCCAGUGACCCUAUUCAUAGGACACUUAACAGAAUGACCAGAAUUGAGGAAUUAGGGGCUGGAGACAUUGGAAUAAAGAUGCUGGUUAGGAAGCAAUGAGAUCAUCCCCAAGUAUAAAUGGAGAAGGAGAACAUGUAAGAAAGAAACUGUCAGUAGCUAGACUCUUUAAACAUCACUGAUUUAGUGACUGACAGGAAUAAUCAACACCUCAACACUAUGCGGUGAAUACAAUGUGCCUCCUCCAGUUGUAAGAAGUCAGACGAUUACUAAGCAGAAAGCAAAAUGUAGUUACUUCAGCCUGGUCCUAAAAAUUACUUUUGGCUCAGAUCUAUGCAAUGUGCAUAAAAACCUUCCUGCCAUUAAGAAAAUUUGAACUUGCUCUUCAUGAUUUCCAUGUUAAGACUGCUGAUUGAGGGAAGCCUGGGUGGCUCAGCGGUUUAGUGCCAACUUCAGCCCAGGAUGUGAUCCUGGGGACCUAGGAUCAAGUCUCAUGUCCGGCUCCCUGCAUAGAGCCUGCUCCUCCCUCUGCCUGUGUGGCCUUUCUCUGUGUCUCUCAUGAAUAAAUAAAUAAAAUCUUAAAAAAAAAAAAAAAAAAGACGACUGAUUGAUAUUGAUUGGUUGGUCGAUUGGGCUGUAUGGUUGAGAGAGAACUAUUCACACAGGAUCCUGUCUGAUAUUUUACCAUCCUGAAGUGUCAUUCUGUUCUGUUGGGAUUUUUCUAAACCUGGGUUUGGCCACUAUAAUUGACAGACCCUCUUUGUUCAGCAAAAGAGCAUCAGAAACCCAAACAUGAGCAUUCCAAGAGAUCCUCACAGGGAGACCAUCCUAGGCAUGUGGUUAUGGUAAAAUAUAGUGACUGGGAAUGAGCUUCCUGCACUAUCACUUCCUGGUGCAGAGAGUACACUAAAAUGUCUUUAGUCUUCUUUACUUAGGAUUUGACUGUAUCAAAAAUUGGGGGAGAUGAAAAAAAGAUUGUAAUAAGUUCUGAUGCCCUUGAAAAAGAAAAAUCAAGGCCUGUCCUAGGGAAAGGAAUUUGAAAACUAAUUUACAGAGAAUACAGACUAAAACUAGGUCAUUUAUUAAAUCAUGUUUAAUUGUGUCUGAAGCAUUACAAAGGGCUUGUGAAAUAGAUAACUCACAAAGGGCCUACAAGGGAAUCAUAUAAAUUCUACUAUCAUGCUGGCUGAGCCUAAAAAUGAAACCAAGAACUCCACUCCUUUUGUAGUUUAUAGAAUAGAUGGGGUGCAGUGUAAAGAAACAGGCCCCAGGAACAUAGAAACUUGUGAGACCCAGAUUCACCCUUUACUGACAAGGCAAUUCUGCCCAUUUCAUCUUUCUAAGCUACAAUUUUCUUCACUGUGAAACAAGUAUUUUAACUAUACCUAAUGCAAAUGCUUUCUAGGAAUGCAAUCAGAUUGUUCUGUAAAUUGUAAGGAACUACAGAGAUAUUCUGUAGUCAUUUGACCACUCAUUGAAUGUCACAUUCUAGCAUAAUUCUCAUAUUCCCCAUUCCUCUUCAUCAGAAGCCCAGCGAUCUCAUUCUGAGUAUUAAAGAGCUCAUGGGUCUCUUGUCCCUUACUCCCCUCCACACAACUUUUGUCUUCAAAAAGGUUCUUUUCAGUAAAUAUUUCAUUCUCCUCAUUUAUCCAGAUCUCAUUCUCAUACAAACCAAUGUCAUCAAGGUUUUUUAGACUCUUUCUGGAAAGAAGAAGAAAAUAUGGGGAGUAGCUGUAAUUGGGAAAAACCGAACUACUGCUUAGAAGAACGAGAAAGAUACUUACAGGCUCCAUCACCCCACCUAGUUGUGAAAAAAUUUUAAUAGUCAAUUUCAAUAAGCUAUUGAACAAUAAGCAUAGGAAAGGGAGGCUCCAAGAAAGAAAGUGAAAAGUAUUUCAAGUAUGAGGUAUUGUGCCCACUGGAGAUAGAUAGGCUCAGAAGUUUAGGACUUCUAUCCUACUAUGGACGCUAUGGAUAGUCUGGGGGAACCUGUAGACAACACCUUCUCAAUACUUAAGGCAUACAGAAUAAGAAAGCAAAAUUAAAAUAGUUAUCGGGGUGCCUGGAUGGCCCAGUGACUUAAGCAUCUCCCUUCAUUCAGCUCAGGUCAUGAUUUCGGGUCCUGGGAUGGAGCGCCAAGCCAGGCUUCCCUGUUCAGUGGGGAGUUUGCUUCUCUCUCUGUGGUCUCCCUCUCUCAAAUAAAUAAAAUAUUUUAAGUUAUCAAAGUGUAUUUCUUUUAAGUAUGUGCAGGAAUAAUAUCUUUCAUUAGGAACUCAUCAAAUAACUAGGAGUAGCAUAUAGAAUAAUGAAGGGGUCAUGAGCUCACUAUGAGUAUAAAGGUUAUUUCAAGAUAUCUGCAAGUACUGGGAUGCCUGGGUGGAUCACAGCUGAACGCCUGCCUUUGGCUCAGGGCCUGAUCCCAGGUCUGGGGAUCAAGUCCCACAUGAGCCUCCCUCCGAGGAGCCUUCUCCCUAUGUAUCUGCUGGUCUCUCAUGAAUAAACUUUUUUUAAAAAAUUUUUAAAAAUUUUUUAAAAAGAUAUCUGCAGUACUUUAAGUGAUAAGAAAACACAUUGUGCUUCCAAUUUCUGAAAAAACCACAGGAACUUGCAAUAUCCAUUGUCAUUAGCUCCCUACACCCAUCAUGGAAGGAAAAGAGAAGUUGCCUUUACACUUUGUGGAAAUAAAGACAAUGUUUCCCCACCAAGUUUACAGCCCCAUCAUGACCUGUAGGACUUCGAUUUUUGCCAAGAUUUCCCAGUAAAAUUAAGUGGGCUUCCCAGAAAUAAAUAGGAACAUUUCUGCCCUGGGAAAAAAAGUGGACCUGGAUCAAACCAUCUAGAACCCAUUUACUUUCCACUGGUCACCUCAACUCCAGGAACUUUCUAGACAACCACGCAGCCUUCCCAGAGAUUUUUCUUUUAUUGUUUCACCUUUCCAAUUCCUGCUGCCUAUUCAGCAGAAAAAUCGACAGCCAACCAUGGCUCCCCGGUACCUCUCAACAAACUAGGGGAAGGAAUCUGGUAGGGAGGAUAAACUAUAAACCACCAGAGGUGACAUUUACACUUUUUACUAUUGCUUAGCACCAGAGUGGCAAAAAAAUUAUGCAGCUUUAGCGAAGAAUACCCUGAAUAGUCCCUCAAAAGACUCCACCUGAUCAAGGGUGAAAAAAAUCCAAGAUUUCCCAUUGUUUGGAAAUAUAUAAAAUUUUUUAUCUCAAACUCUAAUUGGUUAAGUAUUUGUUUUAACGGAGGUACUGUAAACCCAGACUACCUUCUGAUUGGCUAACUCUCAACAGCUCUGCAAACCAAUGGGAAAGGAAAUUUCUCGUAACAAUCGGAGACUAUAGUAACAAAUCCUAAUUAGUUAAGAGAAUUACACACUCUUCUCUAACAUGUCCGGACUUGGGAAGCAGGGCGGCAAGGCUCGCGCCAAGGCCAAGACGCGCUCGUCGCGCGCCGGGCUCCAGUUCCCGGUGGGCCGCGUCCACCGCCUGCUCCGCAAGGGCAACUACGCGGAGCGGGUCGGGGCGGGCGCGCCGGUGUACCUGGCGGCCGUGCUGGAGUACCUGACGGCCGAGAUCCUGGAGCUGGCGGGCAACGCGGCCCGCGACAACAAGAAGACGCGCAUCAUCCCGCGCCACCUGCAGCUGGCCAUCCGCAACGACGAGGAGCUCAACAAGCUGCUGGGCCGCGUGACCAUCGCGCAGGGCGGCGUCCUGCCCAACAUCCAGGCCGUGCUGCUGCCCAAGAAGACCGAGAGCCACCACAAGGCCAAGGGGAAGUGAAGAGUUUCACAGCUAUUAUUUCCCCAAAGCCAGAGGCCCUUUUCAGAGCCAAGUCUCUCCUACGGUAACGGUGACCCGGAAUGGCGGUUGCAAAACUGCUUUAAGUGCCAGCGAGCCAAUCAGACAGCGGCGGCAAACUGAAAACGCACCGCGGGCUGGGAACGCGCAGAGAGCGGAAAAUGCGAAAUGCACUAGUUACUAAG